CGCUCACGUUCGCACACGACCGCAGUCUGCCGCCAAACGCCAUCCCGUCGGGAUCGUUGCCGCCGUUUGUCGCGUUAUCGUUCGCCGUCAUCGCCGCCGUCGCUGCCGCUCUCCCCGUGAGGACCAUGUGUCGUCCAUCCGCGUCCGUCCGGUCGCCGUCGCAGCCGUCGUCGUCGUCGCCGUUGCCGCCGGAAUGAUGACAUUAAAUAGAUAAAUAAUUAAAUUGAUGCGAUGAUCGCAGUCUCCUCCUUUACCGUUUCGCGCCAUUUCUCCACCAUGCGCUGCRAAAUUGAUUUUGAAAACUGAAAAUCACCAAAAAAAUAAAAAAUCCUCCGUGUUUACUGUGUUUUACCGUAUUUCUCCUGUAUCGUAAACGGUCUUUGAAUUUUGUUUUUUGCACUCCACGUGUGUGACGUUCACCGCCCGCUGUCCACAACGUCAUGGAGGCGGACCUCCGGGUUCUGUUGGUCGUUUGGAUACUGUCCACCAUGGGAGCAUCACCUGAACUGGCGUCUGAAGUUACUGUGCCACUUGUUCCUGUAGAUGCUGUGGAAGGUAGAACUGUUAAAUUUCCUUGUGACGUGUCCUCGCCAAAUCCAGCAGACAAAGUAUACAUGGUAUUCUGGUUCAAAGAUGACUCUGGCGUACCAUUAUACAGCUUUGACGUAAGAGGCAUGCCGUUGGAUCAAGCACACCAUUAUUCAGCACCGGAUGUGUUCGGCAACCGUGCCUCCUUCCGGAYAGUUACAGAUCCGGCAUGUCUAUUGGUUGAUGAAGUACAUCGGAACGAUGAGGGAGUGUACAGAUGUCGUGUGGAUUUCCGAAAUUCCGCCACCAAAAGUUUCCGGUACAACUUGUCCGUUAUCGUGCCGCCAGAACAUCCGGUGGUGUUUGACAGGUUGGGAAGGCAGUUGAACAUGACAGUCGGUCCACUCGACGAGGGUGAUGGCAUUGCACUCAUUUGUCGAGUUAUCGGCGGAAAUCCUCCACCGGUAGUCGUGUGGCUAAAAAACGACCAAGUAGUGGACGACGAGUGUGAACACAACUCGAUAAACGCAAUCGAAAACAGAUUGCACUGGCCGUCUGUCAGCCGCCACGACUUCGGGUCGGUGUUCACGUGCCAGGCAUCAAACACGAAGCUAAUGGAUCCUCGACAAGCAUCCGUCGUGUUGGACCUUCGACUUCCACCGCUUACGGUAACAUUCUCUACCAUGGACGAAGUUUUGGUAGCUGACCGAAGAUACGACAUCCAGUGUCAUUCUGCUGGAUCCAGACCACCAGCGUCAAUUACGUGGUAUAGAAACGAUAAGAGACUCCCGAAAAUUAAGCAAGAUGAUGUUAAAGAAAAUGUUACAUCCAGUGAGAUGACAUUCGUGCCCACGACAGACGACAAUGGAAAAUCGAUAACCUGUAGAGCGGAAAAUCCUCAAGUACCUAAAAUGGCGCUUGAAGACAAUUUCAUACUGAAAGUCGUCUUCGCUCCGAUCGUUUCACUCCGGCUUGGAAACUCGAUCGACCCGAAUGGCAUCAAAGAGGGAGACGAUGUGUACUUCGAUUGUCACGUGAAAGCCAACCCGCCGUCGACGAAGCUCACUUGGUAUCACAACGGUCUUACGUUGAACCUGAACUCUUCAGCAAGAACCAUGAAAAGCGAUAACAACUUGGUUUUGCAAAGAGUGAGCAGAAAUGUUGCUGGCAGAUACGCUUGUCGAGCGACCAAUUCAGAAGGAGAAUCUUUCAGCAACGAACUCAGUCUAAGGAUUAAAUAUGCACCGGGCUGCAAGACCGACCGGGUGAUGGUGAUUGGUGCGUCCCGGGGCGAAAGCAUGGACGUUCCAUGCGAGGUGGACGCUGACCCACCAGCCAAGGGUUUCCGAUGGAAGUUYAACAACUCGGGUGAGACGAUCGACAUCGGACCAGAACGUUACAUAUCCAACGGCACGGCCAGUGUACUCAGGUACACACCUGUCGCCGACCUAGACUACGGUACACUAUCGUGUUGGGCAACAAAUGGGGUCGGUCAACAGUCCGUGCCCUGCCUAUUUCAAAUGGUGGCCGCCGGUAAACCACAAUCGGUACACAACUGCACUGUCCGGAACAAUACCGACGGUGCGGUGGACGUGCAGUGCGAACCGGGCUACGAUGGUGGCCUGCAGCAGCUAUUCGUGCUSGAAGUGUACGYCGAGAACCUGGACAGCCAGGCAGAUGGUGAGGUGCUGUACCGGAACUUAACGGACCGGACGUCACCACGCUUUUCGCUGGGCAAGGUCGCGCUGGGCGUGCUGUACACUGCACGCAUGUACGCAGCGAACUCCAAGGGCAAGUCCACUGCCGUCACUCUGCCCAGAUUUUCAUUUCCCAGCUCCGAAAACCAAAUGGGAUUUGGCGUCGAAGUGUUAAAAGUGUCACCGAUGCUGAUAACGAUAGUAAGCGUUUGCCUGUUGCUCUUCGUGUUGGCAACCAUCAUCGUUGUCAAACUGAAGACGGCAAAUAGUAGAAAACGCAACUCGCGGCAACCAACCGGAGGCGAUAAACAAGUUAUUGUGCACCAGAGGAGUAACGGACAAGUAGCAUCGUCCAUCCUAGAAACAGACACUGAUCCUGACCUGAUUCAAGUGAAAUACGAUCCAUCGGAUGCGCCCAAACUGCGGAACGGCGGCAUACAGUUUUCGGACGACGCGUCUGUGGCCGGAUGGAUAGCCACCAACGCGGCUGUAGCUGCGCAGAUGUCACAGCCACCAUUGUCUAGGUCUUCGUCGUCGUCAACGGGUACGCUGCGCAGGGGAACCGGGUCGGCCAUCAACGACCGCCAACCGGCGCCGGGCGACGCCGCUCGCCGCUGGAACGACGUGACGCCGAAACCGUUUAGCUACACGCACCACCAUCACCACCACCAACAGCAGUCAUCACCGUCGCCGCCACCGCCACCAUCACUUCCGACGCAUCACGUCCGCCUCCGACCGGACCCGAUCGAACUCAAUGGAGCGGAAAUCAAGGAGAAGUUGAUGAUGUCCAGCGGACACAUACCCGAGAGUUGCGUGUAAAUCUGCAAACGCAUUGUCUCGCGUAUUGUAUAUAGUAUUGUAUAAUUGUCGUAUAAUAUAUAAAUAUAUAUCUGUAAGUACGUAUAAUAUGUAUAAUCAAGACAAACAGUAACGUUAUAUAAUUUAUUAUAAUAAUAUUAUUGUUGUAAAUCCGAUUUGAGUAAGAAAGAGGAGGGGGACAGAUUUUUAGACCGGCGUGAGUCCAUGCAAACUUUACGACUACCCGGACAUUUGCCCUUUACGUGUAUAAUAACUAUAACAUAUAACUCUUAAAAUUUUCCCAGUCGUGUAUUAGGCCAAUUUAUCGUACCUUUUUAAUAAUAACGAUACCGAUUAUAAUAAUUAAUAAUAGCUGUUUAGAUCUAGUGUAAAUUAAUAUUAUAUAUAGGCUUCGGAGCACCGUAGUCGAGUUUGUGUAUUAUCAUAAAAUAUAUAAUAAUAUUAAAAUAUUAUAUUGUGUUAAGAUUAAACAUGGGUCGAGGACGAUCACUGACCCGCGCCUAUAAUUUGUAAUAGAAAACAUAUUGUAUAAGAAUUAUUAUAAUAUGUAGCUUCGUCCCCCGCAUUUAAUUCGAGCGUCCCGCGCUCAUUUUAAUAAUAAUAUUUUAUAAUUCUGUUCCUUGUCGAUAUUUUUGCUAAUUAUAAUGAUGAUAUAAUAUAGCCAAACAUAUAAUUAGGUCGAAUUCUACAUAAUAUAAUGAUUCAUACUGUUCUUAAAAAAUAAUUUUAAAUAAUUAAAAAAAAAAAAACUUUUAU